GGAGGUUUGAAUGAAGUAUGUAGUGUAGUUGUAGGGAGUGAGAGAGUGAAUAUCACAGAGGGCGGGUGAUUGGCGGUGAUUUUGUGACAUAUGUUCAGUAACAGUCGGUUUCACACGUACACGUCCGGAAUCCAGUCAACAUGUCGCGAUUUUUCACGUAUAUCGCGUCUGCGGUGCUGUGUUUUAGCCUAGUUAAUACUAACAAUGCUCUUAAAUUUUAUCAGGAGAAGAACUUUCAUGAAGCUCAAGAAUUAACAGACCAGGACAUUAAAAACAUAGCCACCAUGUCUGACAUGACACAUUUUAGAACAGUCCUUGACAAAAUCAUGAUCCCUAGAGUGGUUGCAACCCCCAACCAUGGCAAAGUGAACAACUUCAUCAAGAAAGAGAUGACUGCUCUAGGUUGGAAUGUGACAGAGGAUGCAUUUGAUGAUCAUACACCAGUCUUUGGCACAUUGCGGUUUAAGAACAUAAUAGCCACAUUGAAUCCAAAUGCGGACAGAUAUUUAGUGUUGGCAUGCCAUUAUGACAGUAAAUAUACUAGGGAACAUGUGUUUAUUGGUGCCACAGAUUCCGCUGUACCAUGUGCCAUGAUGAUAAACUUAGCCAAAGUGAUGGGUCCCAAACUAGAGAAGCUAAAGCGGGCCAACCUGAGUCUCAUGUUCAUAUUCUUUGACGGAGAGGAGGCCUUCCGGCAAUGGGGACCCACAGACUCUAUUUAUGGCGCUCGGCAUUUGGCCAAGCAGUGGCAUGGAAUGUCCUAUAAGGAUGGUGCUAAUCAUUUGCAGAGGAUGGACGUCCUAGUGCUCCUGGACCUCCUAGGCGCCCCUGAUCCAGUGUUCUACAGCUACUUCCAGUCUACAGAGAAGUGGUACGUGCGGCUGGCUAGCGCCGAACAGCGGCUGGCUGAGCUGGACCAGCUCGGAGGCUACACUAAGGGCAGGGCGGAGCAGACGUACUUCAGGCUGUCGAGCUCGAGGUCUUUUGUGGAAGAUGAUCAUAUCCCGUUCUUGAGGAGAAACGUGGACUGUCUCCACAUAAUCCCGUCGCCGUUCCCCGACGUGUGGCACACGGCCGGCGACGACGCCACCGCGCUGGACUACAACACCAUCGAGAACCUCAACAAGAUCAUGCGAGUGUUUGUGGCCGAGUACCUGCACACGCAGGCCUAGCGGUACAACCAAUGGCGGCUUUGGAGGGUUAUAGUUACUUAAUCCGUUAUGAUAUUUAUGAUGCUUCCUUUGACGGUGUCCGAUGGAAUUGUUCUUUAGAAAGAACAUCAUUUAUGAACCAAGCAAAAAUAUUUCAAAAAGAAAAGCUCUUACAUGUUCCAGUUUCCGAAAUUAGACAUACAAAUCUCAAGUAUCGUGACAGACAGGUGACAACGAAAACUCACUAAUUGCGAAUAAAAAAUAAGCUAAAAUCGACCUUGUUUUAUUAUUAUUACGGUUCUCUAUGCCUUGAACUUGUGGUAGUAAUUAUAAAGUUUUGUUGUCAUCUGAUAUUAUUCAAUCAAAUCAAUCAAUCAAACUUUUCUUGAUAAAAUAUAAGUAUUUUACAUGUCAACAUUAUUUCUACUACAACACAUUAUUAUUUUAAGAAGGACAUCUUUUUGAAGCAUAACGAAACCUCCAUCGAGACCAUAUUACCUAGGUCAUACAAGUGUUUGUAUCGGAGGACACGCAGGCAAAGCCCUAGAGCAGCGAUCGGCAAUCUUUUAGCAGCCAAGGGCAACAUAGUAGUUAACGAAGUUAACGCGGGCCGCAGUUUGGUAAUAUUUGUGACUCUAGCACUUUAGCAGACAUUGUCGUUUGUCAAAUAUUACAUACAAAAUAGCCAGGGAGUUUGUUGGCUCUGAUAAAUGAUGAUACACAGUUCUUUAAUAAAAAAUCAUGUUUACUACUUCAAAUUAAGUAUAGGCAGGUUAAAUCUUCUGAUGCAAAAUAUCUUGACAUCGAUUGAUAAUCUUAUGUUUCAGCUGGGUCUAUUUACAAUUUCGUUUUGAUUGGGUUUUAUACAAUUGCUAGCGACCCCCGACUUUGCACGGGUUAACGAAUUAUACACCUAAACCUUCCUCAAGAAUCACUCUAUUGACAGGUGAAAACCGCAUGAAAAUCUAGUUUUUGAGUUUAUCGCGAACAUACAAACGCACAAACAGACAGACGCGGCGGGGGACUUUGUUUUAUAAGGUGUAGUGAUUUAAUUUAAAGAAAAUAGAAAAGAAAUACAUAGAGGAAUUACUUCAUGACAAGAGCAGAGUAAGUUUAUGAUCAUGUGUAAUUUAUUCUGUUUAUUUUAAGGACUUAAUUGGUGCUUAUUAUUUUUAUAAAAAUAUAUGUAUAUUUAUAAUUUUGCCGUUUUCAUUUUAUUGUAGGUCGACAAUUUUGAUGUAGGAAAAUCGUUACAAAUGUGAUUAGUUAUUAAGUUAAUAUGAUAUUAUAUACAGGGUGAUUCAGGAGACGUGAGCAGGACUAACACUGCGCAUAUCGUUAAUUAUAAGCAACUGUUUCGUAUCAGUAUUAGUGAGGUUAACGUUAAUUUUCUAGUCGUAUUGAAAAAAAAGUUAUUAAUUUUUUACGACAUGCAUGGUCACCCUAAAAUUAGAAUACUAAACUACCGAUAUUCUGUGUCAAAUUGAAUGUCAUUACUGUCAUCACGGUCUGGUUACUUUUGAAAACUCGUAUCUCACUCAAGUUUGACAUUUUAUUUUCUUCGUAAUCAAAAUGCCAUUACGGUUAAAGAGGUUUUAUGUUGAUUAAUUAGGUCCUGUAGGGUGACCAUGAUUGUUGAGAAUUAAAUUUGCCCUCACCAAAAAGUAAAAACAUAGGAAAAAGUGUUGUUGUUUCUCCUAAAUACGACGGUGAUCGAUCAAUUAUCAGUUACUGAUAGGGUUGCAUCAAAAAUAUAGUACAUUAAAAAAAAAAUAUUUAGUACUUUUAGAUAAAAUACUAAACAUGAGUGUAAUAUAUAUAGUAUUUUAGCGUACUAUAUAUUAUAUAGUAUUUUUCCAAAAGUAUAUAGUACAGAGAGCCAAAAUAUAGUACAAUACUAUAUAAUAUAGUACGGUUGGCAACCCUAGUUACUGAGUGUGCAGGAUUAGUCCUGCUCACGUCUCAUGAAUCAUCCUGUAUUUGCUUAAAUUUUUACAAUUAACUACGGUUCAUUAGUUAGGUUAGAUGAAAUGAAUUUAACAGGGCCGAUGCCAAUAACUCGAAAGAUUUUAACCAUAGUGAUUCGUGUAAGAAUGCGUGGCUUAUGACCGCCACUACUAUUUUAUAUAACACACAAUAGUAAACUUUAUUAGUAUGUGACAAGGUUUAUUUUAUACCAUUACCUUUGUCGGAUAUAGUCGACUGUGGCGGCCAAAGGAUUAUUUUUUUUCUGGUUGUUGGCACUGGUUGGUUUAUACGGGAUGAUACAUAAUGAAGUUCGCUUUAAAUAGAUGUGGCUUAUGUGAAAUCAAAGCUUUGUAUGUAUUACGAUUUUUAAUAGCUGAAUGUACAAUUGUCGUAUUCUACAUAUUAUAUUCUUUAAUAUAUUGUUCCUAGAAGGUUGUGUGUAAAUGUGUGGAGAUAUUUUUAUCUAUAGUAUUUUCUGAGAUUUUAUAACUCAUUUAAACAUAUUUCAUUUACGAAUAUUACUAGACUAAUUUAUUACAGUUAUUUAUAGGCCUAAAAUUAGUUGGGUUAAGGUAUUUAAAGUUAAAAUUGAAAGAUGUAUCUGUGUUAAUUAAAAUUUUAUUCAAAUCCAUUUCCACUUAUAUAAAAGUACCUAUUUAAUUUAAAGAAGAGAUCUUAUUCGAAAAAACCUUUUAAGAGUUAGACCAAGACAAGUCUGCAACGAUUUUGAUAACACACGUAGUUCAAAGUGUUAUUUUAAACGUCAUGUUCUAUAAAAUUUUCACGUAUAAAUAGCACUUGCACUGCGUAUGCUAUCAAAAUCGUUGCAGUCUUUUCUUGGUCUGACAAUACUAGAUUUUCUAGUCUUAAGUUUAAACCAGUGUCCAUUAUGUGGCUGGCUGUAUAUAAACUAGGUAGUUUUACAAGAAAUGCCAU